AUGACUCGGGCUAUUCUGGCCGCGUUGAAUCUGCUGGCUGUAGGCCAGGCAGCAGCGGCAUUUGAGCUUGUGCCUCGCGCGACAGGCUCUUUGGAUACAUGGCUAACCUCUGAAACCUCCGUUGCGCUUGACGGAGUGCUCGAUAACAUCGGCGCGAGUGGUGCUUUUACCGAGGGAGUGAUCGAGGGCCUUGUCAUCGCGAGCCCUAGCAAAGUAGACCCGGACUACUGGUACACCUGGACCCGGGAUUCGGCCCUCACCCUGAAAUGCCUGGCUGACAUAUUCGUCACCGGCACCGAUUCCGACCUUGAGUCCAUCAUCAAAGAGUAUAUUAAUGCCCAAUCCGUGAUCCAGGGGGUCUCAAAUCCGUCUGGGGAUUUUUCCGAUGGCUCUGGACUCGGCGAGCCGAAGUUCAAUGUCGAUGAGACCGCUUUCACAGGCUCUUGGGGUCGACCGCAGCGUGAUGGACCGGCGUUGAGAGCGACGGCGAUGAUCACGUAUGCUAAUUAUCUUAUUAGCAAUGGCGAUAAUUCGACUGCCCGCGAUAUCAUAUGGCCGAUUGUGAAAAAUGAUUUGGCAUAUGUUUCUCAGUACUGGAAUGAUACCACAUACGACCUCUGGGAGGAAACCCUAGGAUCAUCCUUUUUCACCACCGCAGUGCAACACCGGGCUUUAGUCGAGGGCAACGCCUUCGCUGAAUCCAUCGGCGAGUCAUGCGCAAACUGCGUUUCCCAGGCUCCCCAAAUACUCUGCUUCCUCCAAUCCUACUGGACAGGCUCCUACAUCCUAUCCAACUUCGCCAACAAUGGCCGCUCCGGAUACGAUGCCAACUCACUCCUCGGCGUUAUUCAUACCUUCGACCCAGACGCGAGCACUUGCGACGACGCAACUUUCCAGCCCUGCUCGGACAAGGCUCUAGCCAACCACAAGGGUGUCACGGACUCAUUCCGCGAUGUGUUCUCGCUCAACGCCAAUAUCAGCGCAGGCUCUGCAGUUGCUGUGGGCCGGUAUCCGGAGGACGUAUACCAAGGCGGAAAUCCGUGGUACUUGGCUACCACCGCGGCAGCAGAACAGCUGUACGAUGCCAUCUAUCAAUGGAAAAAGAUUGGUUCCAUCGACAUCACAUCCACCAGUCUGGCCUUCUUCCAGGCCAUCUACCCAUCCGCGGCUACGGGUACAUACAGCUCCGACUCAACGACAUUCACCGACAUCGUGUCCGCCGUGCAGACGUACGCAGACGGAUACAUGAGCAUCGUCGAGGAAUACACGCCCAGCGAUGGCACGCUCACCGAGCAAUUCCAGCGCGAUAAUGGCGCACCCCUAUCCGCCUCCGCGUUGACCUGGUCGUACGCCGCACUGCUCACCGCAGCUGCGCGCCGGUCGUCCACUGUAGGGGGGUCAUGGGGAUCGAGCAAUGGGAACACCGUCCCAUCUACAUGCUCCGCAACCUCGGCCACAGGUAGCUACACAUCAGCGACAAACACUGCCUGGCCCACGGCGCCUGUUAGCAGCACACGGCCCUCGUGCACGGCGCCCACAGAGGUGGCCGUGACAUUCCAGGAGAUCGUGACCACCACCUUUGGCGAAAACGUUUAUUUGACGGGUAACAUCACGGCGCUCAGCAGUUGGUCGACGACUGAUGCGAUAUUGCUCAGCGCGGCGGACUACAGGUCUGCCUACAAUUUGUGGUAUGUCACGCUGACGCUUCCAGCAGGCGAAAGUCUGGAGUAUAAGUUUUUCAAGGAGAAUGAUGGCACAGUUACGUGGGAGGAUGAUCCGAAUAGAGUGUUUACGGUGCCGAGUGACUGUGGUGUGAGCACGGCUUGUAUCAACGAUGAGUGGCAGUAG